AUGUUUUUUCUGACAAUUCUGCUGUUUUCCUACCUUCAAAUGUCUCAGCAGAUUCAGAAAACUACUGCGAAUGACCAAGAGAUGCUGUCCAAUCCCAGGCUCAUACUUCUUCAGGGGACUCGGAAUGUAGCAAUGAACCAGAAGGUGACCCUCUCCUGCCACUCAGAUUCUGGAUCUCCACCUGUCAAAUACACGUUGUUUAAACACAAUCAGAAGUUAGCCACUUUAGAUAGGACAGACUUGACCCCUGGUUUAUUUAACUUGACUAUCAACUCUGCCAGCGAUCUGGGUGAAUACAAGUGCAAAGCUGAGAACAAAAUAACCAGCGGUGGAAAAUACAGCAACAGUCUCAACUUCAUCCUUGCUGAACCAAUUUCCAAACCAGUGCUGAGCUCAUCCACCUCUCAAGCAAAGAAAGGCCAGAAUGUGACUCUCUAUUGUCUGUCUGAGAACGGCUCUCUUCCUAUCACCUACAUAUUCUUCAAAGGAAGACAAAGCAUCUCUCGCCCAGUGAAGAUGCGGAAGAGGGAAGCAGCUGAGAUUAUUCUAUUUAUCAAUUCCUCCAGUGACUUUGGAACCUAUACAUGCAGAGCUGAAAAUAGCUUUCACAAUAAUACAAAACACAGCAACAGUUUCAACUUUACAUUAGCAGAAGAGAGAAGCCAUUCUCAACUCCCGAUAAUUUCUCUUGGGCUGACCUUGCUACUAGUUGUCAUAGGAUUUGCUCUGGCAAUUCCAUUUUCCAUAAUUCCUUCGUCCUCAACUGGCCUUACUUCAACAGUGAAUGCAGAAGACCCUGAAAACUGUGUCAUAUACACAGAGAUUGAGCCUGUUAAACCAGAAGAAGAAUACGUCAACUUUUCUGUUAUUAGAAGAGAAGAUGAAAAAGAGAAGAGAGCAUGUGCCACAGUCUAUUCAGAGGUCCUCAUCAGAGACUGACUACAAGAAAUGUGCAUCAUUUCCUUCAUGGUGGUGUCUCUGCUUCUCAGCUGGACCACUCCGUUCUCUAGAGUGGCCUCAGUUAUCAAGACCAUGAAGAGAACACUCAUCUCAUCGUACCUGCGAAGAAACGAGCACACCUGUUACUCCUUUUGGUGUAUGAAAACUUCAGAUAAGUUAUGUACAAAUGCCCAUAAGCUGCAAAUACUUAUUUUUGCUAUACUGCACUAG